UUGCAGAAUUGAAAGAUAACAUUCGGAAGUACCUGGGGAUACCAUGUGAAUUACAAUCGUUAUAUUAUAAAGGACAACAACUUAUAAACGAGCGAGCCAUUAGCGAUUAUAAAAUAUACUCCGGCAGUGUCCAACUACAAGUGCGGUAUUAUAUUCGUCUAAUACAACUAGAUUGUGAACAAGAAUUUGGUUUAGUUCUAGCGAACACACUAAUAAUUAGUGAUCUUAAGAAAGAAAUUGAGAAACGAAUGCAUAUUCCUACUAAUCAACAAUUUUUAUGUGUCAAUGGCAAUAUCGAUCAGAAUAGUUUGCAAACAAUAAUCAAUAAUUCAGAUCCCUUUAGUAUUACGAUACAAGUCGCUAGUAAAGAUACAAGUACUGGAUUUAAAAUGCUUAUAUUCUCAAUUGAACUACCAAAUUCAGAUAGAUAUGUUAUAUUUUUCGAUAAAACAAAAACCAUUUCGCAAUUAAAAAUGUACAUUGAAGAUAAUUAUGCUUUUGCUGUUGAUGCCCAAUUGUUCAACUAUCCUCUCGCGACAUCAACGAAAGAUAACAACACUUCGUUACACCUUGCCGGUAUCGAAAACGGUACUCUGUUAUCCGUUAGCUCAACAUUCAAGGGUAUUUAUCUAAAAACUGAUAAUCAGUCGAGUGCAAAGAAUCUUAACACGCAGUCCAUUAAUUCUGUUAAACAAGUCAAAGAGGAAAUUUAUCAACGACUUAAAGUUUAUCCAUACCGACAACAACUAUCUUUUAUGUGUUCGCCUCAACGUAUAGUCCGUAAACAGAAACUACUCAAAGAUUACGGCCUGUAUAACGGUUGUAUUAUGGUCCUUCAAAUUCUUGAUAUCAAAUGCCGAAUAUUUCGAGUCAAAUUAGCAACAGGUAAACUGAUAGAAGUCGAAAUUGAUAUUGGUGAAACAGUUCUGAUGAUGAAAAUGUUAAUUGAAGUCAAUGAGGGAAUUGAAAGUGGAUGUCAAAUUUUGAUGAAAGAUAAUGAUGAAUUAUUCGAUGACGACAUUCUUGCUGAUCGAUUAGAUCGCUGGUACGGGCCUCUUUUUGUGAAAAUAGUUUUAGGUGGUCCACUAACACUCGACACAUCUGUUCUUGCACCCAAAUAUGACUAUGAUUUUACUCAAAUUGAUGAUACAGGCGCUCAUUUUAACCGUGGCGGUCAUCAGUACUCUCGUCCGGUUGGCUGUAUGCGAAUUGCAUUAAAAGUAGGGAACAAAUAUCCUCCGGAUGAUUUAUGGUUAGGGAAAAAAGGUGAUGAUCCGAAUGAGUGGCCCGUGUCGUACCAUGGCACAGGUCGGCACAAUGCCUUGAGUAUUGCCGAAGAAGGGUUUCGACUAAGUGAAGGUAAACGAUUUUUACAUGGUAAAGGUAUUUAUUCAACACCUGAUAUCGAAAUAGCAAAAAAAUACGCCUCAAAAUUCACAUAUGAGAAUGAAACAU